UAGCCAUCAAGGAGUGCACUCGAGAGGAGGACCUCUACACCCUCGGGUUCCGGCGGUAUCGCUUCCUGGGGGAAACGGAUGAAAAGUACCCGACAUUUGAGGGAGCCUCCGGAGGUAGCAGCUGAGAGCACCCUUAUUUUCGUAUUUUAGCACAUAGUUUGUUUUUUUUUGUCUGCAUUUUCAUGCCAUCUGUUAAUGUCCCGUCGGCCUAACCCCACAUUGUGUUGCAGGUAUCCCGGUAUCCAUGAUGAACGUUAGAGGGCUUGCUGACCUGAAGAAGAAGAAAUCCUCCAAGGUCCCGAAGAGGACGGAUGCUGGCGUCCCUAAGCCCGCCGGUGACUUCUUUAAGAAGCCCGAGGGGCCGUCGGCGGUCCCAAGUGCUGAUGCUGCCGCCGCUGCGAAGAGAAAAGCUGCGGGAAAGGCUCCCGAGGGCAAAAGGCCAAAAACGGGAGAUGCCGGGAAGAAGGAUCCCCCCGUGGUCAUUGUAGAUUAUUGCCCCGCCUCCGGGAUGCCUGUGGAGAUGCCGGUGGCGGAAGUGCCGAGGGGUGUCCGGGAGCCCUCCUCCGAGGUCCUGAUGGUUUCUCUCUCGGUAGGAACAGCCGUGAUGAAUUGCACGGCGGACCCGGGGGUACUUCUGAGGGGCAUGACCCCCAAGAUUGACAGAGUCGCCCUCGGGACUGAUGAUGACCUGGCCCUCGAGGACAAGAUCCUCCAGUCUUCCCUCACAACUUGCAUUGCCCUUGAUGAACAGGCCCGGAGGCUGGAGGAGUGGCGUCUGCGCAAGGCUGAGCAGGAUGCGAAGAUGCUGGAGCUCAUCUGCCAGAACUCUGAUGCCAUCCGGCAGAUGGCUAUGCUAGAGGAGAGCCUUCGGCAGAUGACGCUGCGGGUGGAGGCCGCAGACCGGGGCAAGGCCGAGGCUGAGAGGUCCGCAACUGAAGCCCUCGAGAGAGCCGCCAAGGAGGCUGAGGCCGCCAAGGCAGAUGCCGUCGCGAAGGCCCGAGAGGAAGCUGUCUCUGGAUUUUUGGCAGGGGGUGGAGAGCAGAGGAGCAUAAACAAUGGCUAUCCUCGGUCGUGGAGUCCUCCGUCGAUGAAUGGUGUGACGGGCCCGAUGUGGAAUGGGUUUCGCGAAAGGGCAAACAAUACUAUGAUGGGGGUGAGUUUUUUACUCAAGCCCUCAUCUACCGGAGGAUGGCCUGUCAUUUGAAGAUCGAGCAAAAAGACUUUGACCCGGCAGCAUACGGACUUCCCCCCUGCAGCCAGAUGUCCGUGUUCCUCUCCUCUCGGAUGUCGAGAGGCCCGACCUGGAAGAUACAGAGCUGAUGAAGGAGGCCGAGGGGGGCGAUGCAGAGACCGGCAUAGAGGUCUCCUAAAAGCCUGCUGAAGAGACUGCCCCCGGGGCUGUUAAUAUCUAAUUUUUAUUUAACACAUUCUGAACAAUCUUGUUGUAAUGAACGCGUGUAUGCCCUUGGCCUUCGACCCCUUUUGUAAUGUAUAUUUCAACUUUUCUCCCCUCAAUGAAUGAAUGCUUG